CAGCUAUUCAAAAACAAAGUGUUAUCUGUGUUUUUUUCCUUGAGAGAAAAUCCACAUUUUUACUAUAAGGUGGUCUACGCUGAAAAUUAAUUCAUUAGGAUUCAUUUUUAAGGUUACAUUUCUCCUAUUUUUUGUUUAGGUGCGUAAACUCUCCAUCUCCACCUAACAAGGACACAGAUCUGUGGGAGGGGAGUAAGAGUAAUAUAUUGUUGGGAGCUUUUUUCAGAUCGGUUUAGAGAAAAUCCUGCUACAAUGCUAGACUAGUGUGUGCAAAUUUUACCACUGGAGUGUCAGGAAUUUCAAGCUUUGCUUCCAAAAGAGACUGGCAGUCAGAAGCCUGAAAGUGGGGCAAAAGCUGGACCCCACACACUCUUUUUUUCUAAGUGGAAAGCUGCAGUGAGAGUUGGUGUCUUUAGUGUGAAACCACCAGUCUUUUCAAAGGAACUCUGCAUCCCCCCCAGCAUGACUUCUGCUGGUAUGUGGGGCUCCCAGAUCUCUCGCCGUUUAAGCUUCAGACAAGCAUGCCAAGAACACAGAGGAAAACUUUGCACAGAUUUUGGGAAUUUGUGGUAAUCUUUUGUGCCAGGGAUGACAGUGGGAAAACUGAAACAAAGUGCGGCCGGUACAGACCACAGGAUUAUGCUGGCUGCAAUGAUUAAAACAACGCUGGUCUGUUUCUUGGUUCAAAGUACAGGAAGCUUGGUCCUCAGUGCAACAUGUUGGGAUGAGCGCCUCGAUGAUGCAGAAGGAAACAGCAGCUGUACAGUUUUCCAGCCUUUCCUCCUGUUUGGCCAUGGAAAAUCAAUCCAUCGGAUGGACCUGGAUGGCAAGAACCACAGAAGGCUUGGUGCUGGUGUGGGAAGCUCUAUCCUGCUCGACUUUCAUUACAGAGAAGAGAGGAUUUAUUGGGCUGACAGGAGAACAGGAGUCAUCUACAAAGCAUCAGUGAGAGGAGCACAGCGACAGAAACUUCACUCAUCUGAUAAAUACAUCUCAGGCCUGGCGGUGGACUGGAUGGGAAACAGUGUCUACUGGACAAACAGUAGAAAGGGCGAAAUAAAGAAAAUGGAUCUAAAUGGAAAAACUAAGAGGACCAUUUUAAGACACUUGCUUAUGCCUCGUUUUAUUAAUGUUGAUCCCGCUAAAAGGUUUUUGUUUUGGCUUUCUGGUGAGACAACUUCAGAAAUCCAACGAUCUGAUCUCACAGGACAAAUAAAAAUGACUGUUGUGAAGAUAGCAGAGGAAAUUAGAGCUUUGUCAAUCGACCGAAAAGACAAAAGGUUGUUCUGGGUUGAAGUUGGUCGCCUGGGCGAGAGCUCCAUUGCUUCCUGUGAUUACAGCGGAAGCUCCCUGCACAUCAUGGACCUGCCACUUCAGGUCCAGUCAAUUUGGAUUGCAGUUUUUCUGGAGAACAUCUAUUACACAGAUGCUGCAGCCCGCAUCAUAAAGAAAAUAAACAAAUAUGUUGGAGGACAACCAGGGAACAUUAAUAACAAACCACUGGUCAAACCUCCUGUGGAUAUAAAGGUGGUGCAUCCUCUCAUCCAGCCAGCAGCAAACACUAUGUCAUCCUUUUCAGGCUGCAGUGACCUGAGUGGGGACUGCAUGAGCGUGUGUUCCCAUUUGGAGGACCAAGGGCGUUGCCAGUGCUCUGAAGGCUUUGCUCUCAGUAAGCAUGGCACUCAUUGUGAAGAUGUGAAUGAAUGCGCCCACUGGAACCACGGCUGCUCUCUUGGUUGUGAAAACAUCCCGGGCUCCUAUUUCUGUACUUGUCCCAAUGGAUACACCCUCCUACCUGAUGGUAGGACAUGCCAAGAAAUAACACCAUGUGAAAGCGACAUAAAGUGCGGCCAUGGAUGUAUAGCAACAGAACAUGGUCCCAUGUGUGUUUGUCCUGAGGAUUCUAUUCUACAGGAAAAUGGACACGCCUGCACUGGUUGCUCUUCAGCAGACAGAGGCGGCUGCAGUCAGCUGUGUACCCCAGUCACACCAAACCGCUGGCAGUGUGGAUGUCUGUCUGGUUACAAGCUCCACAAUGAUGGUAAACGCUGCAUUGCAACUGGACCUCCAGCCUUUCUAAUUGUCGCCAAUCUAAUGGAUGUUAGAAGAAUGAACCCUGAUGGAACUGAGGAACAAACUUUGGUUAAGGAACCGAGAGGAACCAUCUUAGCUCUGGACUAUGACCCUGUCCACCACCAUGUUUAUUAUGCCAGCACAAGCCAGAAGACUAUUGAGCGGGUUGAUAUGAACACUGGGACCAGAAACAUUCUUGUAUAUAAUGGUUUAGAGUCUCCAGAAGGACUAGCAGUUGACUGGAUCCACCGCAACAUAUACUGGACUGAUAAAGGUAAGUCAGCUGUUGACUGCAGUACUUUGGAUGGAGGGAACAGGAAAACAGUUGUAAAAGAGAGGCUGGAAAAGCCAAGAGGAAUAGCAGUUCAUCCACAAGCAAAGAGGUUAUUCUGGACUGACACAGGCUCCCGGCCUGUGGUAGAAAGUGCCACUCUGGAGGGAAGUAACCGCGUUAUUAUUGCCAGCACCCGCCUUUUGUCACCAACUGGUCUGACCAUCGAUUUCAUAGACAAUCGGCUCUUCUGGUGCGACCAGAAGAGGGGCCUAAUAGAAACGGCUGCUUUGGAUGGCUCUGAUCGACAGAUUCUAUCAGAGAACCAAGUAGGACGUCCGUUUGACCUGGUGGUUUUUGAAGACAGGCUGUGGGUCUCUGAGUGGGAACACCAGCAGAUACGGAGCAUACACAAGCGGACGGGGAAGAAGCUGCAGCGUAUCCAUGGCAACUUCUUUCAGCCAGCAUCAGUUGUAGUGGUACAUCCUCUUGCAAAACCAGGUGCCGAUGCUUGUUUUUACUUAAACGAAGGAUGUGCUCAGGAGUGUGAAAGCAAGCUGGGAUUUUCCCGCUGCUCCUGUUUGCCAUACUUUACCCUGUCAGCUGAUGGAAAAAACUGCUUAUCUGUCAAUUCUUCAAAUGUAACUGCAGAAGCUGAAGAGAGUGAAAGUUCUGGUUUAACGUCUCUCAAAAACAAAACCUUACAUGAGGACAGUGAACCACCGAUGGGUAAUAAUAGGAACGCUGACCUCCAUUCAGAUGAGGGAAAUGAACCAGCUCUGUUUACUGAAAAGAUGAUUUCAGAUAAGAAGGACUGCUUCUCGCUCCUCUGUGCUGUAAACGCCACGUGUCUGCUGGAUGCUGGACACCCCCGCUGUUUAUGUCAGGAAGGUUUUACAGGUGAUGGACGAACAUGCCUGGCUCUAGAGACCACCUCACCCAGGGCAACAUCUCAAAGCCACAUUGAUGUGACCACCCAGCACCACAAAAGCAACCCAGCAGAGAAGUGCCCCCCCAGCCAUGAUGCUUACUGUCUGUAUUAUGGAGCCUGCAUUUACUUUCCUGAGAUGGACUCCUAUGCCUGCAAUUGUGUACCAGGCUACAUGGGGGAAAGAUGUCAGUUCAGUGACCUGGAAUGGUUGGAGCUCCAGCGGGCUGAGAAGGAGAAAGAAAGGAACCUGCUGGUUGCUAGUUGCAUGGUGGUGCUUAUUUCCCUCCUUUCUAUCACCGCCUGUAUCACCUACUGUUUCCGAGCUAGAAGACUGAACCUCAAACAGGCCUCUGUGGAUAACGUGAGUGAGGUCAGUGUGACUGAUAAGAGCAUGUCUGAGACUUCCACCACCAGUGUUCCUCAGAUCUACAUGGUAGCAAACCAUCAUGGGAACAUUGGCGCCAACCAACUUCAUCCAAGGAGAGAUGUUUGUGUAUUAAGCUCUACAGAAACAGGCAGCAACCCUCUGGCAAAAGAGUCAGCAACAACGCUAAAAGAUGACGAAGGAUGUGAGAGUUCAGUGCUUUCAGCAGCCACCACAGAUACAAUCCAAUCAACAAAUAGUCAUUCAAGUGCAUCUCUAUCACUAUUUAAUAUUGGAAAUUCCACAUCUAUCAAACCAGAGACAGACUUCAUUACUCCCGGCCCAGCCUUGUGUCCUUCCUGAAAGACAUUUGCACAGCCACCUGGGUGGAUUUUUAGUAUUAUAUUAUAAAAUGUAAAGCUUUUGAUUAAUUGCUGCAAUGAUAGGAAGCUUAGUUCUCAUAAAAGUCAAAUGGAAUGUGAACCAGUUCUGGUAUUAUUCCCCAGUUUUACAUGGUGAGCCUGUUUUCAAUGUGCUAUUUUUUUUUCUACCUUAGAGAUCCUAAAUUGUAGGAUUAAUGAUUUAUGGGGGGAUUAAUGAGUUGUGUGUCACCAAAACAGGGCCCUAAGCAAAAUCUUAUUUAAUUGUGACAUUCAGACUCCUGAUUUGACAUGAUCGACAAAAUGUGGCCCCUUUUAGAACAGGCCCUAGGCACAGUGCGUGUACUGCGUUUAAAGCCUGGUUUAUGCUCAGAAACCAGGUCAUCUGCGUUAGUGUCGCAGUUGACGCAGAUAUGAUGUGUCCUUUCAGAUGCUCCACUCCUACGGUCUCUGGCAUCUCAAAGUCUUCUGUAAACCCAGUGAGAAGUGUUGCAGAAUAUUCUGUUUUUGAAGCAAUCUGUUUCAGGGAUUAGCCACCAGGUCCACUUCGCCUUUAACCAGUCUGCAGAUUCUGGUCUUUGGCUUGUCGCCUUAUAUUGUGGAGUCUUCUUGAGAAUUCAAUCUGUGAGUUCAUUCCUUUGUCCCCGAGCACAGUGGGGGGCAGGAUCACAUGUCUUUGUGGGAGUUUCUUAUGAGAGGUGAUUUCCAGAAGUGGGAAAGGGGAGUCAAACAGCAGAGCAAGGUUAACAUCAGCAUGGACAUUAGCCCUCCAUGUAUUCCUUUUUUCUAAAAGGGCAGAAAUGAAGGAGAAUUUGAAAAAA